UCAUAUACAGUUAUCAGAUUAUUAAACUAAUUAAAGAACCUAGAGGUCAACCAAGUUCAACUCUUCUUCUCCAUUUUAAAAUAAGGAGGCUCUUGUUACUUUCACAGCAAUCAUCAAAGUUAGAUUUAUAUGCAUCAUGUCAUAUCUAUUAUCCUUGGUUCUUUGUACUGCAAUUAAAUAUUCUGAAUGUGAAAGCAACCUUCCAUGCUAUAUAAAUAAGUAUUGCCAUUACCCGAACAAUGCAUCCAGUAAGGAUCUCUCUCUCUCUCUCUCUCUCUCUCUCGUUUUAGCAGUCACAUUGUGUUUGUAGCAAGUUGAAGGAGUCCUAAUGGAGAAUGUUAACUGGUUGGUCUCCCAAAAGCCGGUAGUGAUCUUCAGCUUAAGCUCAUGCUGCAUGUGCCACACAGUAAAGAGUUUGUUUGUGGACCUCGGCGUUAAUGUUGAUCUACAUGAGCUGGAUGAGGAGCCGCAGGGAAGGGAGAUGCAGAUGGCACUUGCAAAGCUUACUGGAAGAAAUCCUCCAGUUCCAGUGGUAUUUAUUGGAGGAAGAUUGAUAGGUACUACAGAUAAGGUGAUGUCACUUCAUCUUGGUGGCAAUCUUGUUCAGUUGCUUAGGGAUGCUGGUGCACUAUGGCUGUAGCUUUGUACCAUUAGUUAUAAAAAUGGGCUUUUUCUAAGCGUUAGAUAAUUAAGGAACAUGCUUUUGCUUUUGUUGAGAGAUCAGUAAAUCUAAGAAGAAUAACUUUUGUUGCUGGUUUUGUGAAGCAACAAAAGACAAGUGUUUAAAUGCAUGUAUUACCAUGGUAAAAUUGAAGCAUCAUACAAUAAAAACACUCGGAGGAAAGUUUUUUUUUUUUUU